AUGGCUUCUGCACGUGCGAAAUUGGCAGAGCUAAGAGCUCUUCGUGCUGCGGGAAAGAAACGUUUGUCGACAUAUGAAGUCGAAGAUCAAGGAGAUAUCUACGAAGAAGUCGACGAUGAGGGUUACAAGAAGGUUGUCAGGCAGCGCCUAGACCAGGAUGAUUUUGUCGUCGACGACAAUGGUGCUGGAUACGCGGAUGAUGGCCGCGAAGAAUGGAACGAUGAUCGCAUGGUAGACAGCGGCAGCGAAGACGACCUACCGCCGACAAGCAAGGCCGCCAAAAGGAAACGAGAAGAGGAGAAGCAGAGGAAGGAGAGACAGAAUAAUGGCAUAUCCAAAUAUUUCAAUAGCGGCGCUGCAGCGUCUGCUCCCAAGCCGAAACCUGUUGUCACAGCUGAAGAUGAAGCUUUCAUGGCUGAUCUCCUUGGCGAAGUCGACACCAACGUCGUCCCCAAGCAUGUGCCGAGUAAAAGUGUGCUCAAGUCUGAGGCGCGACGGAAAGUGAGAAUCCUUUCUCCGCCCUUAUCAGCGACGCCACAUUCGAACAAGCCAACCAAAAGAAAUGGAAACGGUACUCCUUAUCCAGCGGUCAAAGAACAGCCCAGCUUGGAUUUUGACGAUGACGAUGGACCUCUUCCGGCCGGCGGAGAAGACGACGAGAACAUCCCCGUUAGCGACGUCCCAAUGAGCGACGCAAUGCCUUCCUCUCCCGUGGUCAAGGCAGUCGAAAGGAAGAUCACGGUUCCCGUGAAGGUUGAAGAGGAGGAAGAGGAUGACGAUUUGAUGGACAUCGCCCAAGCUACCGCCAACAGUGACGCUAAGGUCACCAACGUGAAUAUGACCGGAAGUCGACCCCCUCCGAAGAUCAAGAAAGAAGCCUACCCGUCGCCUACCAGCUCUUCUCCCCCUAGAGUAACAUCCGACGUUGUUGAUGCAUCAUGGAACAAUGUCACGAGCAAACUUAAUGUGCUCAGUAGCCCCGCAACGGAAGCCCGUACUUUCGGGAAAGUCCGAUCUGAGGAUGUUGUCGAAGAGGAUGGAAGUGUGCGAAUGUUCUGGCUAGAUUAUACGGAGGUCAAUGGUAGCCUGUGUCUCUUCGGAAAGGUCAAGAAUAAGCGUACGGGCCAAUAUGUCAGUUCCUUCGUGAAGGUAGACAACAUCCUGCGCAAGCUUUUCUUCCUGCCGCGUGAAUACAGACAAAAAAACGGCAAGGACACGGAUGAAGAAGUCGAUAUGGAGGACGUCUAUCAGGAAGUCGAUCAGACGAUGUCCAGGCUGAAAGUCGGCAUGCAUAAGAUCAAGCCGUGCACGCGAAAAUACGCAUUCGAACUUCCUGGCAUUCCGAAGGAAGCAGACUAUCUGAAGUUGUUAUACCCGUAUGACAAGCCUGCUUUGCCCAUGGACUUCAAGGGUGAAACAUUUUCCCAUGUCUUCGGUACAAAUACUGCCCUUUUCGAACAGUUUGUGCUCUGGAAAAACAUUAUGGGCCCUUGCUGGCUUAAACUCGAAGGGGCAGACUUCUCGGCUGUCAACAACGCUUCCUGGUGCAAAUUUGAAUGUCUAGUUUCUAAGCCAGCACUUAUCAAUCCUCUUCCCGACUCCGAGAGCAUGGAGACACCCGGCCUGACGCUUAUGAGUCUUGCCUUCAGGACCCAGCUUAAUGUCAAGGAGAACAAGCAGGAGAUCAUCGUGGCAAGUGCCAGAGUGUAUGAAAAUGUAUCGCUCAGCGACACAACACCCCCAGAGAAACUCCCUUGCAAAACAUUCACCGUGAUGCGUCCUGCUGGGUCCGCGUAUCCACUUGGCUUCGAGGCGGAAACGCGCAAACAGCGAGGAACUUAUAUGCUAGAGAAGAGCGAACAAUUCCUUCUGAGCAAAUUCCUCGCUUUAUUCGAGAGAAUGGAUCCUGAUGUUCUGAUGGGUCACCAACUUCAGGAGGUCGAUCUCAGCAUUUUACUGAAUCGACUUCGGGAAAAGAAGACUCCUGGUUGGCACCGUAUUGGUCGCUUGAAGCGCGGUGACUGGCCGAAGAACUUCAAUAGAGGCGGAGGCUUCUUUGCAGAAAGACACUUGAUUGCUGGUCGACUGAUGUGUGACCUUGCAAACGACAUGGGAAAGUCCCUGAUGAUGAAGUGUCAAUCCUGGAGUUUGACUGAAAUGUGCCAACUCUAUCUGGGAGAAGGCGAUGUCCGUCGGGACUUGGAUAGCGAUGCAGCGCUGAAGACUUGGGCAACCACAAAGGAAGGUCUCAUGAACUUUCUCAGCCACUGCGAAGCGGAUACUUAUUUCAUCUCUGCUCUGGUUCUACGCCUGCAAAUGCUUUCGCUGACCAAAGUCCUUACCAAUCUGGCGGGUAAUUCCUGGGCCAGGACCCUUAGCGGUACUAGGGCAGAAAGAAACGAGUACAUUCUGCUCCACGAGUUUCACCGCAACAAAUAUAUCUGCCCUGACAAGUACUCGAACAGGCAGCAGCAGAAAAAUGAGGAGAAGCUCUUGGACGGUGAAGAUGACACCGUCGACAAGAAGAAAAAGGAUAAGUACAAGGGUGGUCUCGUGUUCGAACCAGAAAAGGGUCUCUACGACAAGUUUAUCUUGGUCAUGGACUUCAAUAGUUUGUAUCCCAGUAUUAUUCAAGAGUUCAACAUUUGCUUCACAACUGUGGAUCGAACAGAAACUGCCCAGAACGAGAAUGAGGAGAAGGUGCCUGAAGUGCCGUCAUCGGAUCAACCACAGGGUAUCUUGCCUCGUCUGAUUGCAACCCUAGUCAAUCGUCGACGAGAGGUGAAGAAGUUGAUGAAGGACAAGCGCGCUACUGCAGAAGAACUUGCACUGUGGGACACGAAACAGCUGGCUUUGAAGCUGACUGCUAACUCCAUGUACGGAUGUUUGGGAUAUACUCAGUCACGUUUCUACGCGCGUCCUCUAGCUAUGCUCACCACCUUUAAGGGACGUGAGAUUCUUAGGAGUACGAAGGAUCUCGCCGAGAGCAAGCAGCUGAGGGUCAUCUAUGGUGAUACUGAUUCCGUCAUGAUUAACACCAACAUGGACAACGUCAGCGAUGCGCUCAAGGUCGGUGAAGACUUCAAGAAGUCGGUCAACGAGCGAUACAGGCUCCUGGAGAUCGAUAUCGACAACAUCUUCCGUCGUCUCCUGUUGCAUGCAAAGAAAAAGUAUGCAGCGAUCAACAUGACAGAGGUUGACGGCAAGUAUGUCGACAAGCUCGAGGUGAAGGGAUUGGAUAUGAAGAGACGUGAGUACUGUGCGCUGUCCAAGGAGGUUUCGUCGAGACUCUUGAAUGAGGUCCUCUCUGGAGAAGACCAAGAGAUUGUCCUCAAUAAAGUGCAUGACUACCUGCAAGACAUCGCUGCCAAGAUGAGGGAGUACACAAUCCCUGUCCAGAAAUAUGUCAUCUACACGAAACUGUCUAAGCGGCCCGAUGAAUAUCCCAACAAAGAAACGAUGCCUCCGGCGCAGGUCGCUCUCCGCGAAAUCGCUCGUGGAAAGACUGUGCGCCCGAACGACGUUAUCUCAUAUAUUGUCACCAAUGGCGAUUCUGAAACAGCGGCUCUCCCCCCUGCGAAACGCUCAUAUACCCUUCAAGAUGUUAUUAAGCCCGACUCGGGUCUGAAACCCGACGUCGAGUAUUAUCUUCUCAAGCAGAUCUUCCCACCUAUCGAGCGUCUUUGUGCCCCUAUUCCUGGAACAGACGCCGUCCGUCUCGCUGAGUGUCUCGGUCUCGACGUGCGCAAAUACCAGAUCAAUUCAUCUAUUUCGAAUCAACAGCAGAAUAAUGAGAUCUUCCCAUUGGAAUCGCAGAUUCCGGAUGCUGUACGGUUCCAGAAUGUGGCUCGAUUGACGCUCCGCUGCCGAUUCUGUCAGGAGCGCUCAAUGUUCGAAGGGCUCGCCACAUCCUCCCACAUGUGCACGCCCAACGGACUCGUCUGUCCUAACCCAAGUUGCGCCAAGCCCUUUUCGACGCUAUCCGUAGUUGCUCAGGUUGAGAGUCAGAUUCGAGCUCAAACAGCCAAAUACUACGAAGGAUGGCUUGUGUGUGAUGACCCCUCUUGUGGCAACCGAACACGGCAGAUCAGUGUCUACGGUCACCGCUGCUUAGGUCCUCGUGGACGCGCUGAAGGGUGCCUUGGCCGUAUGACGUAUGAAUACUCCGAGAAGCAAAUGUACAACCAGCUUCUCUAUUUCGCUGGUCUGUGGGAUGUUGACAAGGCUAAGGUUGCUGCUGGAAAAGAGCAAGGGGGUGAAAAGAAAGAUAGCGUCAUGGCUUUGGCUGAAUGGAACAGGGUUCGCUUCGAGACUGUUAAAGAGGUCGAUAUGAUAAUUUGGACCCGCUCAUCGAAUGGCCGCGCGAUCGAGCAGUGCUUGCGGCCCGAACUUCCAACUAAAGCUAGCAUAUGUCAAGUUCAGUUCCAUCAAGACAUACCCAAGAUGUCUGUAAAGCGAGUCCUGGUAAUAGCAGGAUCAGAUAGCUCUGGUGGCGCAGGCCUCGAGGCUGAUCAGCGAGUGCUUGCAGCACAUGGAUGCUAUGCACUGACUGCCACGACAGGCCUGACGGCACAGAAUACCCUGGGUGUGCAGGAUAUUUUCGUCGUCCCGGCGCAGUUUGUCAGAAAACAGAUCAAAGCGGCCCUAGAGGAUAUCGGAGCCGAUGUGGUCAAACUGGGCAUGCUUUCUUCGGCGGAAACAGUUGAGGUCAUUGCAGAGGCGCUUGUGACGCAUGCCAUUCCUACGGUGGUUUUGGAUCCUGUUAUGGUAUCUACCAGUGGUUCGCAGUUGUUGCCGCAAGAUGCAGUAGAGGGGGUGCGAACAAAGUUGCUUCCUCUGACAACUGUUGUCACGCCUAACAUCCCAGAAGCUUUGCUUCUAUUGAAAGAUGCUGGCGUUGAUUACGAAGAUCCUCAGAAUGUAGAGGGAAUGAUUAAACUGGCUAAGCAGAUUCGGAAAUUGGGGCCAAAAUGUGUCCUGAUCAAGGGUGGCCAUCUACCCCUGACGAAAGAACGCAAGACGGCUCAAAAGUCAGAGGAAGCCUCGAUCGUGAUAGAUGUGCUGUAUGACGGGGAAAAGGUGGCACUUUUCGAGACUGAUUUCCUCAUCUCGAAGAAUACCCACGGAACAGGUUGCUCCCUCGCAUCUGCCAUUGCCGCAAACCUAGCAUCUGGACAGGAUCUGGAACGAGCGGUUCGUGGUGCUGUGAGGUUUGUCGAAGCGGGAAUCAAGACCAGUGUGGAUAUUGGCAAAGGCAGUGGGCCAAUUAAUCAUUUCCAUUCUGUCUACUCGCUGCCAUUUGCGCCCGGUCGAUUCUUGGAGUAUGCCCUAGAGCGACCAGACGUGAAGGCAGUAUGGAAGGAUUUCACUCAGCACGAGUUUGUUACUGGCCUAGGCACUGGCACCCUUCCGCUCGAGAGAUUCAAGGAAUAUCUAAUUCAGGACUAUCUCUACCUUGUCCACUUUGCUCGUAGCAACGCAUUAGCUGCAUACAAGGCAAGAACCAUGGAGGCUGUCGCAGCGUCCUCUAGGAUCGUGCUUCACAUCGAGGAAGAGAUGGCUCUACAUCUGAGCUACUGCGAAUCCUUUGGGAUUACCAAGGAACAGAUAGAAAGCACCCCAGAGACACAAGCAUGCACUGCUUAUAGCAGAUACAUCCUUGACGUGGGCCAAUCAGAUGACUGGCUUGCGCUUCAAGUGGCCCUCGCACCGUGCCUAAUUGGAUACGGCGAGAUAGCAAAGCGCCUCUAUAAGGAACACAGUAGUAAGAAGGAGGGAAACCCGUACUGGAAAUGGAUUGAGAAUUAUGUCGCGGAGGACUACUCUGAAGCGGUCGAGAUCGGUUCUGGUACGUUUUCUGAACUGCAUCCGCAAAACUGGCUACAAAAGCUGACAUUUAUCAUAGCGCUUUUGGAGAAACAUAUGAGGGAGGUCUCGCCCAGUCGACUGGAGGAUCUAAUCAAGAUUUUCAUCCGCGCGACUGAAUUGGAGAUCGGGUUCUGGGACAUGGGACUUGGUGGCAAAUAA